AUGCUCCUCCGACUCCUCCCUGCACCCACGGCUGCUCAAGCCAACCCACCUACUAUCCUCUUCACCCUCCCUCCGCCCAACCAGCCCUACACCGCGCGAUCACUUCCUCUUCCGCCCAACCUCCUCGCACACAAGUCGGUGUGUCUUCAGGAAGACAUUGACUGCCCAAAUGCCCUUCUCGGUGACAAGGCCAGCUGGAUGACAGGUAUCAUCGACGAUGUCACCUUUUCUCUCGUUAGCCAGUCGGUCACCGUCAACUUCAUCGAUGGCUCGCAAAAGUCUUACCCCAUCAACCAGACCUGCAUCGGCAUGCUCCACCGCGUCUGCAAGGAGGUCGAGCUGUCCUUCGCGCCCGCUGCAGCGGUCACCGCUACCCCCGAGUCCACACCCGCUCACUCACGCCAGACCAGCGGGUCUAGCAUCGCAUCCUCAUCCAGCCGGCAGUCCAUCUCCCACACCGCUCGACGAUCAACCUCUUCCCUCCUCCUCUCCUUACUAUCGCCCCUCCUCCCUUCACCCGCCUCUGCUCAGGUCAGCCGCAUCCCUCCUGCCCGGGUACACAGGCGUCAAGCCCGGUCACUCCUCGUCGACACCUUCCGUCGCUUCGUCCUUCCCACUCUCAAGGCGGAGCUGCCAGCAGCGUACCUUCCAUGGUCGAUCGCCAGCGAGUCGGCGCGGCGGCUGAAGGACUUUGAGGGGUUGCGGGUGGAGGUGGACAGGAUCUUGGCGGAGACAGGCAUGGAGAAGGGGACGAGGGCACCAUUGAAGCGGUACCGGACUUUCUCAGCGGGAUCAGUGGACUCUGACAACGAGUCUACCGUCAGCUGCGACUCGGCUUCUUCUACCCCGGCCACAUCCAUCUACUCUUCCCUCAAUGGCGAAUCAUCUCCUCAAUGCUUCCUCCUCUCUAUCCCUCCCGCCCACGCUCUCCCUGCAUCUCACCAACCGGCCUACACCGCAAUCCUCCAGCGUCUCACCCACAUCGCAUCGCGGCUGCACAGCAUCGCCCGUCUCAACAGCCGGUACGAGAAGGAAGAGUCCAAGCGCCUCUGGCUCGAGAGCCUCGAGCGGGGUCGCGCGGUCGACAAGGCGCUCAGGUGUGCGUGGUCCAACGGAGGGUUGAAGCGUGGGGUCUCGAUCGCGGUGGGGCCAACGACUAGGUCGAACCUCUGGCGGUCGGUCACGGCGGAGGAGGUGGCGCAGGAAGAGCGGCGGUUGGCGGGCGCUAUCCACCCGGCGAUGAUGGAGGAUGAUGAACCAGGGAUGGUGUCGGAUGUUGAGGACGCGGAAGUCGUCGACGUCACCUCGCCCGUCACUCCCUCGGCUCCCGCCUUUACCCACGCUGCCGUCUCUAUCCGCCUUGGUCCCCUCGAGCCAUGCUACGAGCUCCUCGGCGAAUCCUUCUCCAAGCUGCCUUCCCGCCCUACCCUCGAGCGGUCCGUCACUCCGGUCCUCGCCCCGGCUGACCCUCCAUCCCCUCCGUCUUCCGUCGCUUCCGACGAGGAUGACCUCGACGCCUCUCAUCCCCUCCCCUCUCUUUACGCCUCCUCUUCCUCCGAAUCCCUUUCGUCUUCGGGCGAGUGGGACGACGAGCUCCGCACCCCCUCCCCUCCGCCCGCAGACGACUCGGACGAGGAGACCGAGUUCCACGCGGCCGGUAUCCACCCACCCACAAAAACCAAGGGCUUCCAAUGGGCCCCUUACCCCACAUCCUCUGACGCCGCCGAGGCCGAGGCGGAUCGGCCAAAAUCCCGUCUUGCCUUCCGGAGGCGCGCGAGCGAGCUCGACGCUGUAUCUGCCUAA